ACGGUCACUGACGUGAUGGGCCUCACGCACGCGAACGCUAGGCGUGUCCCCACCUGUCACCCACCGUGCCCAGCAAACAAGACGCUGACCGCCGAGCCACCCCCGUGUCGACGCGAUAGCAAGCAGCACCAGCACACCGGCAGCCGCGACCCGCUCCCACUCCCGACGCCCGCUAGCGCGACGCGAAGCGAGCACCCACCGACCAAGGAGCGACCGAGCGGCGAGCGUGGCGACCGGGAUGGCGGCGGCGGCGGUGGGGGAGGGGGAGGGGGAGGUGAGGCGGGACAUGUGGGGGCAGGAGUACCGGACGUCCUCCGCCGAGUGCGCGGCGGCGCUCGACGCCUACUACGCGGCCUUCCUGUCCUUCGGCCGCGGCCGCGUGGCGGCCGUCCUCCGCGCCGCCGCGGCCGACCCGACCUGCGCCCUCGCCGCCGCGCACGCCGCGCAGGCAGUCGCACCCAGGGACCCCGCGGGAGCCGCCGCCUUCCUCGCCGCCGCCGCGGACAACCUCGGGAAUGCGACGGAGUACGAGAGAGCCGUGUUCGGGACGCUCUCCGCGAUGGUGGGCGAGGAGAGGAACGAGGAGGUGGCACUGGAGAGACACUUCGAGUUGCUCAAGAAAUUUCCCAGGGAUCUCCUGUCUCUCAAGAGAGCGCAGCUCAUCUGCUUCUAUUCGGGAAAGCCGGAUUUAUCCCUAAAAUUUGUCGAACAAAGAAUCAAGAUCAGAACUACAUAUAUGGAAUGCUCGCCUUCCCUUUGCUGGAGCUUGGAAAGAUGGCUGAAGCUGAGAGAGCUGCUCGAAAAGGCUUGGCUAUAAACAAAAAUGAUGUCUGGUCGCAGCAUAAUUUGUGCCACGUUUUUCAGCAGGAAUGUCGCUUCAGAGAAGCUACUGAAUUCAUGGAAUCAUGUUCUCCAUCAUGGACGGCUUGCACAUCAUUUUUGCUUACUCACAACUGGUGGCAUGUCGCUGUUUGUUACUUGGAAGCUGAAUCCCCUUUACAGAAAGUUCUGGAUGUAUAUGAUCGAAAUAUCAUGAAGGAACUUGAGAAAAGUGACUGUGAGGCAGCGGAGGUGUAUUUGAAUGCUCUAGGGUUGCUGCUACGGUUGUUUGUGCGUGGUCAUGUAGAUCAUGCGAAAGAGAGGUUAACAACAUUGCUGGAUGCACUGAAGGAUGAGUCUGUAUGGCAUGUUGAAUGGCUCCUUGAUUUGCUUAUGUUAUGGGCGCUAUCAAGUAUGGGCGAGUUUAAAAGUGCACAUGAUAUGUUGGAAUCAUUGAAGUCAAGGGUCAGUUCAAUGGAACAAAAUAGGCAGCAAGUGAUGCAGAAGGCUGUCCAGCUAGCAGAGGCUGUUUAUGAAUUUGGAAAUGGAGAGCACAAGGAGGUCUUCGACACUCUGGGUCCGGACUUCGAUGCGCUUUGUUAUAAGAUGAUUGGUGCAUCAGAUGAACAAGUGGAUGUCUUCAAUGAAGUUUGGUUCACUGUUCUAAUAAAUGCUGGAGAGACUUCAAAAGCAAUUGAUGUGCUUGGCAAACAAAUAAGGAAACGAGAAGGGGCACCCUUCCUGUGGCGUUUGCUGGGGAAAGCGUACUCAUUGGAUGGAAGAGACGCAGAGGCUUCGGUCGCAUACGAAAAGGCCAGUGCUCUGCAAGCUGCCUACUCCUAUUAGCAUCAGAUAUGUUGUUGAAUAGCCAGCUUCUGCAAGGUCAUAUGACUAUUGUUACAAUAGUGUGCUAGUGUGCAUCACAGGCGGUAUAGUCAGUAUACUACAUAAAAUCAGCAGUUUCUGUAUGCGUGAGCAUGUACAUUAUUGCACCAAUACGUGCAUACCUGGGAGGCUUUAUGUUCGAUAACGUUAUAGAUAUGGAUUGUGCAUUCCUUUGCAUA